GCGGACACUCACGCACGCACACGCGCGCGCGUACAUAAUUAUACAGUCGUUUGCGGCGGAAGACCGCUAAGUACAUAGUGAUGCAUUCGCUGCGGCGGCGCUGGCCGCGCGCCCGCGGGGACCCGUCGGCCCCUCUGUCGCGCAGGCAGCUCUGGCGCGCCCUGCGCGGGCGGGCGCCCAGCUCGGCCGAGGGCAGCAGGGCAGCUUCGGACCCGCCUGGCGCGGCCGAGGGGCGCGGCGCGCCCGCCCAGCGCGGGGCCCCGGCGGCGGGGCGCGGCCCUGCGGCGGGUCUGCUUGGGCCCCUGGCAGGGCAGCCUGCCCUGGGCAGCUGCGCACCUCGGUGCGAUUCGAAACGGGUACGGAAAGCGCGGGUGCGCAGACUGGCAGCAGUUCCUUCUGUUCCUGUCCGAUCCGAGCAGGAUUCGUCGUCGGCGUCGCCGCGGGCGUGGUACAUUUGGGACAAGAGGUCGCAUGUGCCGCAUCGGCCGCUGUCGGGUAGGGACAGCAGCUGUUGUUGGGUAUCGUAUUCCUUUUUUCCGUACCCGUGCCGGGCGUGCGCAGCAUCGGGCAGCGGUCACAGAUCAAAAAAGCUGGACCUCCCCUUGACGCUGCCACUCGCUCAUGCGCCUCUGCCUCCUCCGGCCUGCGCUGGCGUCGGCGUCGGCGUCGAUGCCGAACAUCGACGCCGUCGUCGUCGCCGCCGCCGGAUAGCACUCCUAGAGGGGACAUGCCCGCCCCAAUCCUAGAGGCGCUUCCUGUCGGAGCCGUGCCGCCCCUGUGCCAGGCAGCGCUGCUGCUUCUCUUGGCCGUCCUGCCUCUGCAGCCACCGGGCCGUGUGGAUUUCAAAAGGGCGCCGAUGUCUGGGUUGGCGCUACCAAGCAGUACAAAGUCCUACCUCGCGUGCUCUUCCCUUUGUGCACUCCACUCCAGCUGCCGGCCAGUCUGGUACACGUUGGCAGCGGGGGUGCUCCAAAGCUACGGUGGGCUUAAUCGCUUAGCCCCUUUUUCAGAAAUGCAGAGUGCAUCAAUGUGUG